AUGGGUCUCUUUGAUAGUUGGGCGGACCUUCUUUCCGCUGCUACGCCAUGGAGCGAAGCUGAGGCAGAGGCCGUUAGCGGUGGUACUGGGACUGCGGCUACACCUGCGAGGGGGAAUGUAGGCGAUGAGUUGCAAGGUGCAUCUGCUGGCGACAAGAGUGCCGGACAGGAAGAGAGCACACCGAAGCCUCAGAGUGUAGGAAAGGAGGACGCUGCUGAUGAAAAAGACGACGAGCCUGAGGAAGAGGAAGAGGCCGAGGAGGAGGAAGAAGAGGAGGAGGAGGACGAGGAGGAGAUGGUUGAUCCAAAGGAGAAGUUUGAGGAAGAGUGCAAAGAGUCAAAGCAGUGCGCUCCAGCUAAGCACCACUUCGAUCACUGCGUUGAGCGUGUCAACAAUGCAGACAAGUCGGCUCCUCAUGAGGACUGCGUGGAAGAAUUCUUCCACCUUGCACACUGCGCCAACGAAUGCGCUGCACCAAAGGUCUGGGCAGCACUCAAGUAG